AGCAAAAGUACAAAUUUCCCCAUAAAUUGCCAACACGAGAAAUCCUUUCAAUAUUGCGAGUUUGAAGAUGUAAGCUGCGCCUCCAGUGUUACCACUCUCAGCAGCUCCCGAGCAAAUUGUUGAUCCCAAACGGAAUACCGACCGGUCCAGAGAUUGAGUAGCCGAUGAAGUGUAAAUCGCUGGCAUGCAUAUGGUCAGGAUCACCACCGGUUCACCGAGUCACCGCUGUCGCCGCACUCCACGAACCGCCCACUCUUUACACCGGUGGAUCCGAUGGCUCCAUCAUCUGGUGGAACCUCGUUUCCUCUCAGCAAGAAGCGGAAAUGAGACCAGUUGCAUUGCUGUGUGGUCAUGCUGCUCCAAUAGCUGAUCUAGGGAUUUGUUCUCCUGUUCAGGAAUCUGAAAAUGGAAAGUUGGCUAAUUCGAGUAAUGUCUCAUCAGUUCCUAAUUCAGUCAAUUGUGAAUCGCUAAUAAGUGCUUGCAGUGAUGGUGUAUUGUGCGUUUGGAGCAGAUCAAGUGGACACUGCAGAAGGAGAAGAAAAAUUCCUCCUUGGGCAGGGAGUCCGUUUAUGAUUAAGCCAUUGCCGGACAAUAGGAGAUAUGUAUGUGUUACCUGUUCUUUUGUCAGCCAAGAACAUGGGUUGCUUGAUGCGGUGGAAGGAACUGAAUCUUCGGUGGACAGAGAGUUACAAAACCCAAAUCCUUCGAAGUGUACAGUUAUAAUCAUUGACUCAUUUACCCUUACAAUAGUUCAAACAGUUUUCCAUGGGUAUAUAACUAUUGGACCUUUGAAGUCCAUGGCUGUAGUUUUGCCCUCAGAAGACGUGGAGAAGCAAUUGGUAAUGAUUAUUGAUUCAUUUGGUAAGGUACUAUAUUUGCCAAUAAUGAAAGACACUCAUCCAAAGGUGCAAAAUGUGCCUGUCGUACCAAAGGAUUCCUCACUUGCAGAAGUAAUGGACUGGGCAGAUGAUUCCAUUGAGAAUGGAUCUGUACUGUCUUUUUCAAAGUGUGGGUGUGUUGUGGCCCUUGUGCAUCGAACAUAUUGCAUAUUUAGGCAAGCAGACAGUGGAACUGUUUUAGGCAAGAUACCUUUUUCAGAUGAUCAACUGUGUUUUGAAGAUAAAUUAUAUGUAAUAGGUGGUGUAUUCCUAAGAGAUGAUACUUAUAUCUCAAUUGAUGGUUUUGUGGAAGAAUUUAUAGCGUGGAAUAACAGAGGUGCAGCUGUUAUAUACAGGAUAUCAUACCCGAGCAAUAUAUUCAAGUUUGAGCCUCUAGUUGUCGUCCCAUCUGUAUCGUAUCCUUCUGAUGUGAGACUAUCCUUUUCUUUUAUACCUGUAAAUAAGUAUCUGCUUCGUGUUGAGUCAGUUUGCUUCUAUGUCGAGGAACAAAAAUUUUGGAGACCGCAUGUUACUAUUUGGCUCUUACCUCCGCAAAACGAGAAUUAUGGGAAGCUUCCUUUGGAAUGUGAAAUGUUUGGGGAAGGUAAUCUUUUUGAUCAAUGGGUUAUGGAUUCCUCUUCCUCUACAACUCAGGGUACAAAUGAUGAUGCCCUCGAAGAAGGAACAGUUAUGCUCGAUGGGAUGACUCCAUUGAGAAAUACUGUGCUAUCUCCCUGUGACACAGAUAGCAAAUACUCAAGUAAUCGCGGAUAUGUUACUUACCCAGGAGCUCAACUAGUAUCUUCGUCAAUGGUUAUAUCCGAAAACUAUGUAGCUCCUCACGCCAUUGUUUAUGGCUUCUUGAGUGGUGAUAUUGAGAUUGUUAGGUUUCACAUGUUUUUCAUGGCAUUUGAUUCACAUAUUGAAAAUCUGCCUCACGAAGCAGAUUCACAUGGACAAAAGCACCGUCUCAGAGGCCAUACGGGAGCAGUGCUCUGUUUAGCUUCACAUCAAAUGGUGAGUAGGUCUGCGGGGUGUAGUUUAAAUCAUGUUUUGCUGUCAGGUAGCAUGGAUUACACAGUUCGCAUGUGGGAUCUUGACUCUGGUAAUCCCAUUGCUGUAUUGCACCAACAUGUAGCACCAGUGCGACAAAUAAUUCUUCCUCCACGUCAAAGCGAAUACCCAUGGAGUGAUUGCUUUUUAACUGUUGGGGAUGACUCAUGUGUCGCCCUUGCUUCACUUCAGACUUUGAGGGUGGAAAGAUUGUUUCCGGGACAUCUUUACUUUCCUGCAAAAGUCCUUUGGGAUGGUGUAAGAAGUUACAUAGCAUGUCUGUGUCCAAACCGUUCAGAAAAAGGUGAUGCCCUUGAUAUUCUAUACAUUUGGGAUGUAAAGACAGGUGCUCGUGAGAGACUUCUUCGUGGAGCUGCUGCGCAUUCAAUGUUUGAUCAUUUCGUUAAAGGAAUCAAUGAUAGCUUUUUGUCCGGAAAUUUAAUGAAUGGAAAUACUUCGGCUUCCUCUUUAGUUUUUCCAGUGACUGAGCCAAUGAAGCUUUCACAAUCUCAUCCAAAAGUUUCUGGGAAGGGAAUUUCUUCACAGAUAUCCACAGCACGUAACAGUGAACCAAAUGAAACAUCAAAUGCUAUGAAAGGAAGCAGUGCACGUUCAGGUUGUUUCACAUCAGUGGUCUUCCAAAGUGACAAGCAUCCAAUUAAAAGCUCUUCUCCUUUUCCUGGAGUUUCCACUUUGUGUUUUGAUCUCACUUCCUUGAUGUCUCUUUGUUCUAUGCAUGAGUUGUCGGAAGACAUCAGUCAUAUUGGAGGCAGAAUUUAUGUGAAGGGAGCUGGAACUAGCACACCUAAAGGUGAUGCUUAUCAAAAGGCGAAUGCUCCUUCAAAGGAACUGGAAAUGGAGAUUCCUAGCCCUCGUCAUGUGAACGGAAAAAGCAGUGGUGCUUCGGAUGGACCCUCUGUUAAAUUGGAACAUCACCAAUGGGUUCGGUCGCUUGAAGGAUGCCUACUUCAGUUCAGCUUGUCAUUUCUGCAUUUGUGGAAUGUAGAUGACGAGCUUGAUAACUUGCUAAUAACUGAAAUGAAGCUCAAACGACCUGAUUCAUUUAUUGUAUCUUCUGGAAUACUGGGGGAUAGGGGUUCAAUGACAUUAACAUUUCCAGGUUCUGAUUUAACUCUAGAGCUCUGGAGAUCUUCAUCUGAGUAUUCUGCCUUGAGAUCGUUAACAAUGGUGUCCCUUGCCCAGCAUCUGAUCAGCUUAUCUCAUUCUUGUUCAUCAGCUAGUAGUGCUUUGGCAGCAUUUUAUACCCGGAAACUUGCGGAAAAAUUUUCGGAUAUCAAACCUCCUCAGCUCCAGCUCUUAGUAAGCUUUUGGCAGAAUGAGUUUGAACAUGUGAAAAUGGCUGCUCGCUCUUUAUUUCACUGUGCUGCUUCGCGUGCUAUUCCUCUUCCACUGUCCUAUUCAAGAGCCAAUCAGCUUCUAAAUCGUGACAUACAUCCUUCUGGAAUAUCAGAGAAAAAGUAUGAUAAUACAACUGCAGCAUGUCUGAUAUCUGAUGCGAAAAUGGAAAAUGAAGUGGACUUUGUCAAGGAAGAGUCUGAAAUAACAUCAUGGUUGGAAUCAUAUGAAGAGCAAGACUGGAUUUCCUGUGUAGGGGCAACAACUCAGGACGCAAUGACUUCUCAAAUAAUUGUUGCUGCUGCAUUGGCUGUAUGGUAUCCUAGCCUUGUCAAAACAAGCCUUGCCAUGGUGACGGUACAUCCACUGGUAAAAUUGGUCAUGGCCAUCAAUGAAAAGUAUAGUGCUGCAGCAGCAGAGAUUUUAGCUGAAGGAAUGGAGAGUACGUGGAAGGCUUGCAUUUGUUCUGAAAUACCUCGCCUGAUGGCGGACGUAUUCUUUCAAGUUGAGUGCGUAAGCAGUACAUCAGCUAAUGCAUCUUCACAAAAUUCUGCCCCAUCUCUUAGCAUUCGGGAGACUUUAGUUGGGAUUCUUCUUCCAAGCUUAGCAAUGGCUGACGUACCUGGAUUUCUGCAUGUUAUUGAAAGCCAAAUCUGGUCCACUGCAUCUGAUUCACCUGUUCAUGUCGUGUCUCUCAUGACCUUGAUCAGGGUUGUCCGCGGUUCUCCAAGAAACUUAGCUCCAUAUCUGGAUAAGGUGGUCAUUUUUAUAUUACAGACAAUGGAUCCGGGUAACUCAACCAUGCGCAAAAGUUGUCUCCAAAGUUCUAUGACGGCAUUGAAAGAAGUUGUGCGUGUGUUUCCUAUGGUAGCCCUAAAUGAUACAUCAACGAGGUUGGCAGUGGGGGAUGCGAUUGGAGAGAUUAAUAAUGCUAGUAUUCGGGUGUAUGACAUGCAAAGCAUGAACAAGAUAAAGGUCUUGGAUGCCAGUGGACCUCCAGGACUUCCAAGUUUGCUUGGAGGAACCUUGGAAACGGCCACUACCACUGCGAUAUCUGCUCUAAGCUUCUCACCAGAUGGAGAGGGGCUGGUUGCUUUUUCUGAGACUGGGUUGAUGAUUAGAUGGUGGUCACUGGGAUCUGUGUGGUGGGAGAAACUUAGCAGAAAUUUUGUUCCUGUCCAAUGCACCAAGCUGAUAUUCGUGCCUCCCUGGGAGGGGUUUUCACCGAAUUCUACUAGGUCUAGCAUAAUGGCUAGCGUAUUGCGUGACGAUGGGCGUGGCAAUUCACCGCGGUACAACAAAGCUUUGAGCGAAACAGACAGGUUGAAACUUUUGAUCCACAAUCUUGAUCUCUCCUAUAGGCUUGAAUGGGUUGGUGCAAGAAAAAUAAAGCUCUUACAACAUUCCCAUGAGUUAGGUACCUUCCAGCUGUAACCGUCGCCCGAAUAUCUUCUGAAGAUCAUUCAACUCUGCAGUUCUCGAGCUACAAGUAAUUUUGGAGAUAUAUGUGUGUGUGUGUGUGUAUAUCUUGGUAGCCAAACUGGGGCAUGUUUUUCUUUA